UACUUGUUGCCUUGAGAAAGAGAGGGACAAAAGCAGUCCAAGAAAAAGAAAGACUGACGUAGUGCCGUAGUGAAGUGGAGAGUGGAGUAGUGGAGUGCUUGUAUAUUUCAAAACGAGUGUAGUCUAUUCCGGUCUUUACAAGAUUUUUAAAAUGGAUGCCCCUUUAAGAGAACAAGUAAUGAUAAAUCAAUUUGUUGUAGCAGCAGGUUGUGCACACGAUCAAGCUAAACAGAUAUUACAAUCAGCGCAUUGGCAAUUUGAGACGGCACUAAGUAUAUUUUUUCAAGAUGCUGCUCUACCUACCUGCCCUCCAGGAGCUUCAACACAUUUUGGACAAGUGAUAACUCCAUGCAAUACUCCAGCGACUCCGCCAAAUUUCCCCGACACACUACUGGCAUUUUCCAAACUGUCGGCAGGCAACGGCAACAGUCCGUCCACGAAUUCGGCAGGAGCCGCCCCUCUUCCGCCACAGUCUCGCCGCUCCCCGCAGCCCAUUUUUCACCAGCAGCGAUAAAAUAGUGCCAGUUGGCUUUUGUGCCCCCAUUAAAUCACAUUUACGCUCAGUGUAAAAAACUUUGUAUGUAAAUUGGAGACUAUGAUAAAUGCUAGUGAAAUUUGUUGAGAUAUAUAUUUUGGUUAAGUAUUUUGUUGAGAGAACACUGUUUUUGGUUUUUUCUUGUGGUAAAACAGAACAAGCAGAAUUUUUUUUGUUGACGACGGUAGAACCGUUAAGAUAGGUUGACGAUGUUUCAAAAUAAUUGAUCGACAAACGGAUGGUCAAUAAAGUUUGUCUUGUACAGUUUCUUGUAUAUUAUUUAGUAUGAUAUUUCCAAUGAUAUCCUCUAUAUAACGCUCCUUUCACACACUAAGAAUUUGAACGUGCGAUCGCUAGAACGCACGAUGACAUUCCAAUGGUGGCUCAAGCAAUCCUAUGGUAACUUUCACAUUGCACCGAACGUUCAAACCUCCGUGCAAUGAGAAAGGUUCCAUAUUAGGGUGGUUCGAAAAAAACUUUUUUUUAAAAUAUCAAGGAAAAAUUCCUGUACUGGCUGUAUACCAUAGAUCACAAAAAAUAAAAACCUUAUUUUGUAAAAGGUAUAUGUAUUUAAAAACCCUAAAAAGGGACUGUAUCACAAAACGUUUUCGGAAUCAAUAUUCCAUCAUCAGUGUUAUCACAGGUUUACAUGAUUUAAGCCACCAAAAUGUAUGGGUAAAAACCCUUAAAUUGAUUUUAAACAGUUGGGGUUACAUUAUGUUAUCAGAUUUUGACGGAUGUUUUUCAGAUUAACCCCUGGCAUCACAUGACAUCAACCAUAUUGGUUGGAAAAUUGUAGGUCGAACCUUACAUGGCAGAGUUUAGGUGACAACUUUUUUUUAUUUUAGAUCGCUAUAAUAGUGCUCAAAAGUUGCCAUUGGUAUAGACUUGAAAAAAGCACUAAUUAUUAUUUUUUUUAUAAAAACCUUAAUUUUUCAUAUUUUUUUUUAAACAGGCCAGAUGGUUUUAAUUGCGUUCCUAUACCAUGAAUUAACUACUAAAAGUAUGUAAAAUCAAUAUAAAUGCACUUAUUAUACAUGUAUUUCAUAUCUUCCGGUCGCGCAACAUAAUACAAAAUGAGUACUAAAAUUAGUAGUUUUUGCAAAAUUUCAAAGUUUGACUGUUUAGUACAAUUUAAUCAUACGACUUUUGGAGAUGCUAUAGUUUAAUUCAAUUACAAUAAUAUAUUUAAAAUCCAAGCAUAUAAGAUACAUUUUGAUAUUCAAGUGGAAUUCGGUCGCGCAGCUUCGUCAAAAAUAGCAGACUACCGAGAGGCGAGGCGAAAGUGACGAAUGCCAGCGAAGCGCGCACAGCCACAAAUACAGAUACAUGUGGGAAGACUUCUACAUUGGAGUAUUUGUCUUCUCCAUUACAACGAACUGCCAUUCCGCCACCUUUUCCAAAACUUAGAUGGAAAUACAACAGGCACAAUAGGAUAUCCGGACCGAUUGGAAAGGCCCUACCUGAUUGUGAAAGACUACGAGCUGUUGUUGAAGUCUUAUCGAUUGUGAGAUUCAAAAAGUUGAAAAGCGUAUUCAUAGCAAGGACCGAUUGUACUUGCUUGAGAUAUCAGUCGUCAAGUUAGGACAUUGUUCAGAAGACUUUGUAGUGCGUGAUCCUGACCCAAUGUCAAAGUUGGCAUCGCUGAGCGGUGCAAUAAUGUGGUUCUAAUAUAGCCGUCUCUGGAACUGUGUCCACACACUUUACUUGAAGCUUCGGUCACUAGCUUAACGCAUCUUUCAACUGCCUGUGUAUGGCAUGGGAAAGUAUCUACAUAUGACAUAUACUCAUAACAGGCUUGAAGUCAUUGCUCACAUACUGUUUUAUCUCUUCAUUAGUUAAUGUUCUUAUCAGUGGAGGGGAGUCAGUGUACUGGUGUUCCAUUUGAUAAUUUCCUAAUACUAUUUAGCUUCAAAGUUCAAGUUUGGUAGUUUAAAGAUUCUGAUAGAGUCACUUUCAGAUAUUGCUUGCUUUUCCUUCAUGAUACGCCUAAAGCCCAGCUCUCGGAUAUGGUUUCUUUCAUCAGUUGCCAUAGCCAAAAGUAAAUUUUCGGGAUGGGCAAAGUAAGCAUUCCGUUGUAAAACGGGAUCAACAAGAAGCUCUUCUGGUAAGUGUACCUUGAAGAUUCAAUGAUUUUGUAAUCAUGUCUAGGCCCGUCUAUUAAUUUGUGGUUUAUUUUUGUGGCAAACCACAUAGGCAUAUUAUAACAUUUAAGAAUGAAUGUGACAAUCUCUCUCAGAUUUUCAGAAGGGUUGGACACGCUGAUGUAGAAACGCAAAACUCUGUUUGCAGUAGUAAGCCAUCUUGAAUGUGACGUUGGGCUAGGAUCACGUACCCACUACAAAGUCUUCUGAACAAUGUCCUGACUUGAUGACUUCUGAUAUCUCAAGCAAGUACAAUUAUUGUUGCUUUCUAAGAAUACGCUUGUCAACUUUUGGAUUCUCACAAUCAAUAGGAUUAAAAUCAAUAAGUGGUAGUCUUUCACAAUCAGGUAGGGCCUUUCCAAUUGGCCCGGAAUAUCCUAUUGGGCCUGUUGUAUUUUCAUCUAAGUGUUGGAAACGGUGGUGGAAUGUCAGUUCGUUGUAAUAGAGAAGACAAAUACUCCAUUGUAGAGGUAUUCCCACAUAUAUCUUUAUUUGAUGCAGCACGCGCUUCGCUGGCAUUCGUCACUUUCGCCUCGUCUCUCGGUAGUCUGCUGUUUUUGACGAAGGUGCGCGACCGUAUUCCACUUGUAUAUCAAAAUUUAUGUUAUAUGCUUCGAUUUUAAAUAUAUUAUUGUAAUUUAAUUAAACUAUAGCAUCUCUAAAAGUCGUAUGAUUAAAUUGUACCAAACAGUCAAACUUUGAAAUUUUGCAAAAACUACUAAUUUUACUCAUUUUUUAUGUUGCGCGACCGGAAGCUAUGAAACAAAUGUAUAAUAAGUGCAUUUACAUUGAUUUUACAUACUUUUAGUGGUUAAUUCAUGGUAUAGGAACGCAAUUAAAACCAUCUGGCCUGUUUAAAAAAAAAUAUGAAAAAUUAAGGUUUUUCACAAUUUUUGCUAACUUCGAUGGCAUUGCGCGACCGGAAGACAAAUUAAUAAAAAAAUUAUAAUUAGUAAGUCUCUACCAAUGGCAACUUUUGCGCACUAUAGCGAUCUGAAAUAAAAAAAAAAACAAAAUAAGAAAAUCUACGGUUUCGUUUUGAUUAAAAUCUGUCUUCCUCCAUCCCCCGAUAGUACUAUUUCUAGGUCUACCUGUUGUCAAGGAGGCUCUAAGGAAGACAGAUUUUUACCAUUCCGACCGUAGAUUGUCGAUAUAAAUUAAAAUAAUUUAUAUAGCAGUAUGGAUAGAACGCCCUCUAACGGGGAAUAAGCGAAAUGAAAUUUGACUCAAUUCAAGCUUUCUGCUUAACCCAGGUAUAACAUACCAAAAGGCACCGCCAGGAAAACAUUCUACUUUGCGGUUCAGAGAGCCCAUAUGAAACGAGUCUUUGUACUCUAUGCAGAGUAUGACAUUAACAAAAUAAGAAAAUCUACGGUUUCGUUUUGAUUAAAAUCUGUCUUCCUCCAUCCCCCGAUAGUGGGAAACACUUUUAAACACUUUUUUUCGAACCACCCUAUUCCAUAUGAUUGCUCGAGCCACCAUUGGAAUGUCAUCGUGCGUUCUAGUUCUAACCCUCGCACGUUUGAAAUUAUUAAUGUGUGAAAGGAGCUUAGGAAUUGUUAGAAAACGUACUUUUUGCGACGUACUUAAAAAACAAAUAAAAUUGGUUCAAAAUCUAUUAGAUUACAUACAUUUUGAUACUUUUAUGCUGCAAGACACUCAUUCACUUAUUAUUGCCAAAUAACUCAUCAAAACUAUUCCACGAAUUAAUUGUGUCAAUUAGGAAAAUCCCUAAAUGCACUAUUGUUUAAACUUAUAAUCGACGAGAUAAUAAAAACAAUAUUAAGCUUACGAUAUUGGACGUAAUAUGAGUAAGAUCAACAUUAGACUUACCACGUACCUAAAGUAACUGAAGGCAUCUAUUGCCCCAAGUAAUUACAGUAGACUCGCUCUAUAUCGUUGUUCUGAAGCUAUUUCCUUGUGGCAUUUUUAUGAUUAACUAUUUAGUGGGAAAUAAGCCACAAUUAAAUUGAAAAAUAAUUUUAUUAACGUUUCGAAUCCCAAAUCGGGUUUCGUUGUCAAAAUACAAAAUACUACUGUAUUACUGUAAUACUAAUGUACGAUGUCGCUUUGUAGCUUGAAAAAACGGUCAUUUACCUAUCCAUCGAUAUUAAAUUUUUUUAAAUCGGUUGUCAAAUGACAGCAAAUCAUUUUUAAAAUGAAAGAUGCAAUGUGGAAAUCACAUAACAUAAUAUCAUUUUGCUUAGUUAUGUUAUUUAGGUACAGUCCGUCUAAUUUACUUACCGUUGCAGGUCAUUAUUUACGUUAGAGAUCUAAGUUGACAUUGUUGCCCAACUACAAAAAAAUCUUGAAUUCAUUUUAAAUCAAAUACAUUACACAAUUUUUGCGGAAGUGGAUUAUACAGCAAAACAAAUUAAUAUUCAAUGUAAAUAAAUAAAAACUUUAGAAAUAGAAAACAAGAAUUAAGUUAUGUAUAAUCCUACGUUAAAGUACAUAACAAAAACAGUAAAUAUAAUGAAACAAAUACUUAUAGUAAAGAAUAUAAACAAAUAUGAAGUGUCAUCACCGCAACUGUCAAGUAAAUGUUACCAAUUUAUGUCAAAAUAUCACCUUCGUUCGAUUAUAGUUACAGUGUAUUCCGAACAAAUGUGCUUCAUAAAAACGCUUUAUAAUCCAUUUAUACAAAUUAAAUUAAAAAUAUUAUUUUGUAUUUCUUUAAGUUAACAUUAUAGAAAUCUUUAAAUAUUAUUUCUACGCGUAUGUAAUAAAAUAUGCCUAGUGGCUGACGCGGAUGACGUGCAACGGUAAGUAAAUUAGAUGGAGUAUAUGUGAUAUCCACGUUGCACCGCUCAUUUUAAAAAUUAAUUACUCAGUGAUUUGACAACCGAUUUUUAAAAACUUUAUAUCGCUGGAUAGGUGAAUGACCUUUCUUUCAAUUUACAAAAAAAUAUACUGGGUGUUCUAUUAAAAAAAGUCAACAACGUUUUUUUCAAAAGUCCGCCAUUUUUCUUUUCGUAUUUGAAAGCGAUAUAAAAAAUUCAGUCCAUUCAGACAAAACUUUUACUAAAAUAAAACAUUUCAGCGAAAACCGCAUAUUUCUAUCUUAAGCCGUUUAGAAGUUAUAGGCAGUUAAAAUGGGGGAAAAUAUAAGUGGACACCCGGUAUUAUUUUCAAACCUUAGUUGCGCUGAUACAUACAUAAAUUGGAUGAUUUAGCAACUAACAACAUACUGUCGGUGUGCGCAUGCCCCAGGGAAUGUAAAAAUUCAUCCUCGUGCCUAAAGGAGUACAAAACUUCAAAAAGAAAAACCGAAUAUGGAUGAAAGAUUUUUUCAAGCCGCGUCACAUUCAAUUAUUGAAUGAACUGUAUGAGCAGUACGAUCUCGCGAACAUUCAAUUACUGAAUGAACUGUUUGAGCAAUACGAUCUCAAACUUUUUAUUUUGUUUUUGACAGCGGUAAUAGUUACUAAGUUACAUUAUUUUUUUGCUGACUGCCGCUACACGACAAGUCUCAGUGAUGUUUUCACUCGACAUAAUUGCAAUAUUGCUUUUGAUAACACUGAUAAGGCGAAGUAAACAACAUGAAUUGAAAGGGAAGUUGAACGAAAAAUCCAACAGGUUUUGUACUUCAUGCGUCAGACCGUGCGCUAUGAAAUUCCUACUUUUCAACUUCAAACAAGGCAUGCGUAGCGUCUGCCUUUUGUUCAUUACACCGUGCGCUGUGACGCAUGCGUUUGUUGAACACGAAGUUGCACCAGUGUAGACAUAGCUUAAAGCUUGUUUAUACGAUGCCUCUUUUCGUGCGUGGUUGCAUGCAUCAAUAUGCUCGAGAGGCACGUUUUUUACUACUUGUGUCUUUAUUUGUUACCCCAAAAUGCGAAAGACUUGUCUUGUUUAUUUAUUUUUGUAAUCAGCGUGCUAUGUUUUUAAAGCACAUGCCAAUUUCUAUACUACAAAGUACAAUGUUUUCUCACUGUUCCACUCCAUGGAAUGCACAGCGAAAAAAAAAUUUAAAUUGACUUAAAUAAUUCUUAAAUUUACUCGCAAGUAAAUAUUCUACUAGAUUGUAAUAUAUUGCUUAUUUAAAUUCUCCAUUUAAUAUUUACUAAAUCUAAAACACAAGUCAAAUCGGCAAUGGUAACCAUUUUUAAAAUGUGAAAUCUCUAUUAGGUGUGAUGAGCACCUCGCUUUGCCUCUGUUUUGUGGCAUGCACAGAUGCAUGCCUCUUGCCUCUAGAGAUACGUGGCAAGUUGCACGAAAAGAUGCAUCGUGUAAAAGCGCCUUUAGGCGAUUAUAUUUGAACAAAUUAAUAAUUAAAUAAUUAUCUAAUGGUUACAAUGCAAAUUUAUUGACCAUUCUGCUGUUUUAUGUUGUAGAGUUUUAUUUACUCAUAAUAAAAAUUUGUGAUGAUAUUCCAAUCGAAAUAACGUCUUUUAAAAUGUACUAACAGUUUUAAAUAAAGACCUUUAGUAAAUAACAGGCUUGUUUGGUUAACAGAUACUGUAUAGACUGAUAAAUUAUUCAAAAAAUGUUCCAAUCAGGUGUAUGUUUAUAAAUCUUGCAUGCAUUAAAAAAACUCACAAACGAAUGAAUGUGUUCUUUAUUGGUUGCCAGCACGAAAUACUUGGUUACUUCUAAAUAUAGAAACCUGAUUCUAAAACUAUGUUGUUAUUUUAUUUGAUUUUCUAUUAUAGAAAUGUGAAGCUACAAGGUGUUGUAAUUAUAGUCCUAAUAUUUGUUUAGAGUUUAGAGAACUGUACAUAAACUAUUAUAGUUAAAUUGUGUAUACUUUUUUUACAAAAAUGUCUUCUAAUGAUAGUAACAAUUUAUAUCUGCGUAACUCAAAUUGAUUAAUAAAUAAAAUAAUUAUAAUAAUUUGAAAAUCGCCGAUGAUGCAGUCAUAAUUUAAAAUAGUCUGGAUUUGAUUGGAGCAAAUUAUGAAACUGAUUCCAGAGUCACUAGCCCUUAUGGAGCAGGUUACUAACAUUAUCAAAAAUAUCUUUUUGUUUAUAUAGUUACGUGUUACUCGUGUUAGAUACGGUUACUAUAGUACAUAUACCGACGGAACAACAACGAACAAAAUAUAUUACACAUAUUCGCUGUGUGCAAGUACUUGGAGGGGAUACGAGAAACGAUCUUGAGCUAGAAGCGGAGAAAUCUUGCAACUUUCUUAACAUAUCUCUUAAAUAAUAAUUCAUAUUGUUAAUUGAAGUUGUCAAAUUGACGUAUAUUUCAUACCUACUGUCAUUGAAGAAAAUGGGAUUUCGCAAAUGAUGUGUUAUAAAUUGUAAAAAUUAUAUGUUGCUCCACAAUAUUGAGAUGGUUAUGCAAUUAUUAAAGUAAAUUUAAUUAAUGUUUUUUUGCUUGUAGUACAAUGUUUACCUUUUAAUAACAUAACCUCAAUCUUACUUUUUCUUCUUAUUCUUUUUUGGGCUAUGGCCUUGACAAUUAGGGUUGUUUCGUUUUAAACGUUUUCUUUUAAUCAACUGUUUUAAACAUGUUUUAAAAUUUUGUUUAUGUUUAAAACAGUUUUUGUUUAAAACACUUUAAAACAUGUUUAAAACACUUAAAUUGUACAAGCGUUUUUUUUUUCAUUUUCUUUAUUAAUAUGUAUAAUGAACAUAAAAAAAUUAUUAAAUACAUUAUAUAAACUUUUUAACAUACAUACAUAUUAUUUAUUGAUUAAUAAUCGGAACACAGAAAAAAUUGGAAAACUUAAAACAUUUUGCAUACAAGAGUUAAUCAAUUUGUCAAAACUGUUUCAGUCUCAUAGUAAUCUUGUAAUAUAAAUCAUCAAUCUGAUCAGUCACGUCAUCACUGAUAGAAUUAAGUUCUUUAAAAAUUGAAACCAACUUAGAAGCUUUGACAUUGCCUAGUGGGCCUAGCCGAUUACGUAGUUUGGAAUGGUAAACCGUAUGAUGAGAAGAGUCUUUCUAUGUUGACUGACGAUGCAAUUUCUGUGUGAAGCUGUUGAGCAAGUUUCAAUGCUGUAGUAUUUAUAUUUUUCUUACAACGCCACCAUGCUAAUGGUUUUACAUUCGCAAUUAGAUGUUUAGAACACAUAUAUGGUUUAAAUGAUACAACACUUUGUCUGAUAAUAAUAAUAGUAAUUGAAAAUACUUCUGGAUGAUAAUUGAUAAUGCAUGGAUGAUAAGUUUAUUUCCACUAAAGCGAUGAUCAAGCAAAUUUGCCAAAAAAUGAGCUGGGGUCAUUACAAAAUAACUGACAGUAGACGUUAUUGCAAUAGCUAACUUGCAAUGCGAAUUUAUAAAUAGUAAAUAGUCUGGGGUUCCCCAUGCAAUUUCUUAUCUAUUAUUUAGUAGAAUAAUAGAUCAAACCCCUUCACCUUCAAUUAAUGUUAUGUAUAAGAAAAUAUGAUUUAAACAAUGUUUUCUUCUAAGUUUUAUUUGUUUAAAAUAUUAAAUUUAAAAUCACAAAAAACAUGUUUAAAGCAAAAAACGUUUAAAACAAAAAAAAACAUGUGUUUUAAACAAGUUUUAUUUGUUUAAAACAAAAAAAAAGUUUAAAACAAAAAAAAACGUUUAAAACAAAAAAACGUGUUUUGUUUCAUAUUAAAAAAACAUGUUUUUUUGCAACCCUGUUGACAAAAUUAUCCAGUAACCAGGACUAAUAUAAUUGGCCAAUAUAAUUAAAAGUGCUAUAAAUGUUGCUGAGCUAUGAAACCAGGUGUCGCUCUUCCGAACUUACACGGUCCCAAUAGAGCAAUAACAAAAUCAUAAAAAUGAUUGAUAACACAAUACCUAUAACAGUGUAAACACAAUACCUAUAACAGUGUACUUUUGUAGCGACUUUUGUAUACGAACAAACAUGAAGUCAAAAUAUGAUUUAAGUAAACUACAAUAUGAUGUUGCUUACGAUGUUAACAUUAUACCAUCAUUAUCAAUGGCGUUACAACUCUUCGUGAGUCUUUGCCGCGUUUACUAUCACCUUUCUAUGUUUGUCGGUACUGUGUCACUAUGUACAUUUGUCUCACUCCCAUUUUGUCUAGAUCCUACCUGACUGCAUCUUCGAAGUUAUGAUCGUUUAUAGUAACAUUUUGCCUUAUUCGCCGUCGUUUUUGUUUUGAAACGACUAUGUAUUUUGUUUUGUCUUUACAAAGUACAAAGUUAAUGGACAGCCUAAGUCUGACGUCACAAAUGUCACAAAAUUGGGAGGAGCUUAUAUUGACUCCAAACAAUUUUGUUUGUAACGUUAAAUGGUCAUAAUUAAUUUUUCAUUUAUGUGCUCUGUGUGGCAAAAUAAGACUUCAUUUAGGUAUUUCGUUAAAGAAACGUGUUAAUUAAGAGAUUUUUAUUCGUUUUUGCUUAGGUGGUUUUUAUUCCUUAGUGGUUGAAAAUAAACAUAACCUCAAAACUGUUUACGUUCUAAUCAUUGCAUUAUAUUAACUCACGUGGGCAAAAACGAAUAAAAAUCUCUUAAUUGACACGUUUCUUUAACUAAAUACCUAAAUGAAAAGUCUUAUUUUGUCAAACAAACCACGUAAACAAUAAAUUAAAAAUUCCUUAUGAGUGUUUAACAUAAACAAAAUUGUUUCGAGUCAAAUAUAAGCUCCUCCCAAUUUUGUGACGUCAAGACUUAGGAUGUCCAUUUUUCUAAAAAAUAUAUGUCUGGUUUUGCAGCACGACAGCUAAAAAUAUUAGCAGGGUUACAGCAAGGAUUUAUUUAUUUAAUAUACUUAUGAAUGAAUCGGACUAGCUCAGGCGGUAGGAUUUCUGACUUCCAUGCAAGUAGGCUGGGGUUCGAACCCCAGCGCCGGCGAUAACAGCUAGACAUUUUUAAAUAUCUAUAGGUCCCAACUCGACUCAGCCUGAAUUAAAUGAGUACCUUGGGUAAAACCAGGGGAGGGAUAAUAAUAGGCGGUUGAAGCUCAUCACUGGCCCUGUUACCUUCCUUGUAUACAGUAGCGUAGGCCCUAGACAGCCCCAAAGCCGCUUUAGCGGUAUAAAACCGCUUUUUAUACUUAUAAGGUAAUAACAAUUUAAAAUAAUGAAUAAUUUACCAACUUCUCGUAAUGAAAAGUGCACAAUCAUUAUAAAAGGGUUGAUUUUUUUAAGUUUUUAUAAAAAAUAAAGGUUUAAUAUGAUUGAGCGCUUGACCACGGUUCUACCGACCUAGGGAUCAUCCAUAAACUACGUCGUAAAAAUUUUGGACUUUUUAAUACCCUCCCCCCCUUCCGUCGUAAAUCGUCGUUUACAGUUGACCCGCCCCCUCAUAACGACGUCGCAAUUGCAACUCAUGACCCCCUCUUUUAGUGUAAUUCCAUGUUAUUUCUGGAUUUUUUAAGGUUAGCUAUCAAAAUUACGAAUUGUAUCCGACAAUUUACGAAUGUAUCCAAAUUAUUAUGACUAUGUAGCUUAUUAAUAUCCGCGUAUUUUUUUCUCCCAAUUCACUGUACAACUAAUUAUAACAAUACCUUUAUUGAGACUAAAGACAAUACUUUUAUCGGAGGUCCUAUGCUUUCUUAACUGUAUCAUAUAAAUCUUGAUAGGUACUUAUUUUGUUUUAAUUUCAAGACCAUUUCUUAUAUUAAGUAUAAAUAUAAUCUACUGACUAAAUAUUUCAUUUCUAUUCAUUCUUGUACAAUUGUUUCACACACCCGUGUUGCUGCCCCCCCCCCCACUUGCAAAAAUUAAAAAACAAAUAGCCCUGAUUUAUUAGCUAUUUAUGAGCUUUCAUAUUCCGCAAACUAAAAAUUUUGAGCUCGUUCCACUGAGCAGGAAUUGAAUACUUUGGUGGGGGUGCUGAGUCAGCCCCCCCACUACUUAAAAAUAGGAAUAUUGAAUCGGUUUUUGCGGUAGAAUUACGAGCUAUUUAUGAGCUCUUGAAAUUAUAUAGUUUCGAUUUUUGAGCUCUCCCCUUCACCCCCAAACAACCCUUAGUUGAUUUAACUUAAGAGAAAAAUGCUUAAAAUAUAUCGUAUUGCGGAUAAAAUUCCUAUUGCUUAUAUACUCUAAGAAUAAACUAUUAAAUCACGUGCAUUUCGAUUAUUGAGCUACAACCCCUUCGCAAGAAAACCACCCUAUCUUCCCGGCUUCAGAGAAAGUUGUACAUACUUAAAAAUGCAUUAAAUUAAUUAUUUGAGGACUACAUAUCAUUUAAUAAUUUAUAAGCUCCCGAAUUACGCGCAUUUAGAAAAGUAAAUUGCAAUUUAUUUUGUAUAGUGCAGUCACUGAAGGUAAAAAUCAACGAUUACCUUCGAUUUCGGCGAACCUUCAUCGAUUUUCACGAAAAUUGGUCAGUGGUUAGAGGAUACCUCAAGACACAAAGGUGAUGGUACCACCAUGGGUGAAGGGGAUGAGCUCAAAAAUCGAAACUAUAUAAUUUCAAGAGCUCAUAAAUAGCUCGUAAUUCUACCGUAAAAACCGAUUCAAUAUUCCUAUUUUUAAGUAGUGGGGGGCUGACUCAGCCCCCCACUAAAGUAUUAAAUUCCUGCUCAGUGGAACGAGCUCAAAAUUUUUAGUUUGCGGAAUAUGAAAGCUCAUAAAUAGCUCAUAAAUCAGGGCUAUUUGUUUUUUAAGAGUAUUCAGUAAAUAAAUGAACAGUUUAAUAUUUAUUGCUUCCAGACGUUGUUCUUUAUAGAAGCGUUUGUUUAAAUACGUAGAACAAUGUUUUAUUGUUUGUUAUUGUGUAAAAAAUUGCUAGCAAUAUUAUUAAGGCCGUGAGUGAUAAAAACGAAAUAAAAAGUAUGCCAUAAAAGUAAUAUACCUACUAAUUCUUUUUAAUUCUAAAAUAGGGUAUAUUUUUUAUAUUCCUGAACAUCAAACGACGUCGGAUGUGCACUUAUGGCCCCCUCCCCCUGUCGUAUACCGUCGUAAUAAGCAAAGACCCCCCCUCCCCCUUUUCAACGACGUAGUUUAUGGAUGUCACCCUACCUAAGAUGUGUAUUGUGGCUCAUCCUGUGGUUAAAAUCUCGGCAGAGCCUUUUUAAUCUAUUCGGUACGGCACCGGUUUACUAGAAUGUGACCGGCUGGACGGGUGCGGACAGCGCUUCCCUAAAUCAACACUCAAAUAUAUGUACCUACAUAAAAAAGGAUGAAAUGGCAUGUAACGCGAUAUCGUUGACAGAGUAGAAGACUAAUACUAUCACCGAUAAAACUUGCUUUAGCAAGUAUUUUUAAACGUAAAUGAAUCAUUUACUGGUAUUUACGAUAAUUCCCGGUACCUAAGCAAGUCUUCUUUGCAUUUGACCUAAGUCGUUUCCCGGGUACCGAAAGUUUUAGCAAUUCCGGUCGUUUCCUGUCUUGAAAAGGUUAAUAAAGUCUAUUAUGACCUUUUACCACACUUCUACGAAGCCAUAGGGCUCGAGUUGGUAAUAACUGAAUCUAUUGAGCCUUAUCCUAUCCAAUGCUGAGCAGUUGGCAGUAAGUAUUCAGUUGUUUGAAAAGUGAUGGAAAUUAUUUAGUCUUGAAACGGAUUGCGACCCAGUGGUUCGCUCCCGGUUUAUUAGGAAAAUACUUGUUUGAACAUUGCAUUUUAUUCUCUGGUAAAGAGCUGCUGAGAGAAGCAAAAUAAUCGUGCUCAUUCAUCUGCAGACAUUGACUCCAAAAGUUGAACUUCUUUAGCAAGGCUUCAUCGAUUGAUGGUUAAUAUUAAUAUCCACAGAGAACGGCAGUUCUCACCAGUGGCGCACAACACCCCUACAAGCGACACUAUAUAUACACGAAAUUUUCAAUUUUCUAAACCUGACUGAAUGGAAAAUUGGGCCACAUCCCAUCUUAAAGUUUACGAAAAGACUCGUCCAUCCAUAUGUUACUUCUCCAUUUUGGUCCAAGGGUGUGGAAUUUACGGCCCUUCCCAUUUAAAGCCUGUUUUUCGUUCUCGUCCCCAAAACUCCCAAAAAUUUAAACCCGACCUUUGCGGCUUCUGAUAGCAUAGAUCAUUACCUUUCCAACGCAUGUUUAAUUUUGAAAAUCGGUUGUACCAUCCAAAAGUUAUCGGUGUACACCUUAUAUCUGGGAAAAUUCGAAUUUUUAAGUUAUAGGGUUCAUAAGUAUGAUCAAAUCUAUUUCUUAUGGGAAAAACGGUUUUUCAAGCUCAAUAACUCCUGUAAUACGUUCAGUUAUCAUACUCGAUCUUGGAUGCAUCAGAUACUACUUGUCAAUACGUUUCAAAUUCAUGUUUAGUGAUCAACAUCAGGUAAGCCGUUCAGAAAUUAUAGAGCUCCAAAGGUAUAAUUAGUCCAGGAACUGAAAAUUUUCACUUCGCAAUUUUUACAGAAUGAAUAGAUUUGUUUAAAAAUUUGACAAUAAGUAGUGGAUAGUCCAAGGAUCAAAAUCUAUAUGAUGCCGAAAGACGCUUUUACCAAGGGGGUAGUUGCCACCUCAUCUCGAGGGUGGAAAUUUUUUUUUUAUAUUUUGCCCGCAAAUGCUGGUAAAAAUAUUAAUUAUAAACAAAAAAUGUUCAUUAUAAAUUUUUUUGAUAAAAUUAAUAGUUUUCGAUUUAUUAGUUAUCGAAGCUGUUAGUUUUAUAUCGGAAAGAUUACCAGAUAACGGCAGUUCUCGCCAGUGGCGCAGAAAUACACCCCCCUACACGCGACACUAUUAUAUACACGAAAUUUUCAAUUUUCUAAAUCUGACUGAAUUGAAAAUUGUGCCAACUCCCAUCUUCAAGUUCAGAAAAAGACUCGCCCAUUCAUAUGUCAACCAUCCAUUUUGGUCCAAGGGUGUCGAUUUUACGACCCUCCCUAUUUAGGGUCUGUUUUUCGUUCUGGUCCCCAAAACUCCCAAAAACUUCGAAAAUUUAAGUCCAACCUUUGCGGUUUCUAAUAGAACUGAUCAUUACCCUUCCAACGCAUGUCUAAUUUUGAAAAUCGGUUAUACCAUUCAAAAGUUAUAGAGCUUAGAAAUGUGACUCAAUUUUUAUUAAAAAAGGGAAAAUGUUUGUGGAUAUGUAUGUAUCUGUGUUUGAAAGUUAAACCGAUUUGAUAUUUUUUCUCUGUAUUUAAAGAGGGGGUCAGGGCCGAUUUAGAACCGGUGUAGUUUGUGACUUUUGACCACCCAUAAGCCAGCUAUAGGACUUUGUAGGUACAAAACGGCAUAUUUUUUGGGGGUAUAUAUAUUCGGAUCAAGAAGAGGCAUGAGAACCGCAAAUAUAUCAAAUCAAUAGUGUUGACUUAAGCUUUCAAAUGGUGUCCAAGCCGUCAGGAUCAGACGUACACACGGCUCAGUAUAGCCGAAAAACUGAAAAACUAAACUUUGAAAAUUUUGGUUUUUCGACAAUUACUCAACAUUUCAACGUACGAAUUGUGCCAAUAACUUAGCGUUUGUAUAAGGACUCAAGACGAAUCUAACGAUGUAUACCUCAUAUCCGGGAAAAUUCAAAUUUUUUAGGUUAUAGGCUUCAUAAAUAUGAUGAAAUCUAUUUUCUGUGGGAAAAACAGUUUCGAAAGCUAAAUAAUUCCUGUACCUAAUAGCUUCAGUUAUCAUACUUGACCUUAGAUCCAUCAGAUACUACUGGUCAAUACGUUUCAAACCUAUGUUUACUGAUCAAAAUCGGUUAAGCCGUUUAGAGAAGUUAUUAAAAUACAAAAGUAUAAUCCAAUUAACGAUUAUUCCCCAAAUGGUUUAUGGGUUGUAGUGGUUACGACGCUAAAUUUGAUCUGGCAACGGGCAAUCCGACUUCAUUUACCGGCCAUCUCAAUAUAUUUUUUUUUUCAAUCUAUUUCGAAUAGAAAAAAAUCUAGUGUACAUUCGAUGGACACUAGAUGAUUUGGGAGAUAAUGCAACAAAGGUGACCAAUUAUAAAGCUUGACGUGUAAUAGAGGAACAUUGCAUUCAACUUCAUACAUUUAAUUUAUAAAUAACUUUGAAAAACUCCUGAUACAAGAAUAAAAAACCGCUAAACGCCGUAAAAAUGAGUGGCGCAUAAAAUAUUCCAGCUACAAAAGAUCUGAUAUGAAUGUUACGUGGCGCGAAAAUGGAUUUUCAUUUGAUGCAAAACAAAAUUCUAGUUUUAUUUUAAAAGAUUUUUCCAUAAUAUUUGCUAAAUUUGAAGUAAACGUGCCACAAAAGAGUUUAAAAAUUCAAACUGUAUCAAAGUUACUCUUUUGUGGCGCGUUUACUUCAAAUUUAGCAAAUAUUAUGGAAAAAUCUUUUAAAAUAAAACUAGAAUUUUGUUUUGCGUCAAAUGAAAAUCCAUUUUCGCGCCACGUAACAUUCAUAUCAGAUCUUUUGUAGCUGGAAUAUUUUAUGCGCCACUCAUUUUUACGGCGUUUAGCGGUUUUUUAUUAUUGUGUAUUAUAUUCAACGCAAUUAAAAAAAAAUGAUAAACAAACGAGAACUUAAGAAAAGUCAAAGAAGAUAGUGCGGAAACCCUGGCUAUUGACCAUUAAUGAAGAAAAAUUCAACAGGCCCUUGAAGGAAAAGAAAACCGAUGACAGUAGAAAUUAUUAAACUCUUAUAAUGUUUCGUUUAAUCGUUUAAGUUAAUAAUACUUUUUGGAAUUUCACCUGGUAUUCUUGGCAUGCUGUACGUGUAUUUAUUACAAAUACAUUAUUAAAUCUUGCAUGGAUAAGUAACAAGUUCUAGUAUUACUUAAGCAAUUCCACGUUGACUGUCUCUUGACAAUAUUAUUAAACGCAAUCAAGUGUUAUCAACCAAUAAUGAUACACAAACUAUAACAAUAUAUCAAAUUUAUAUAGUCCAAAAUCUUUUAUAACUUAAUUUUUAAUUUAAAACCUUUUAAAAUUGUAUGAAUCUUGAAGUUGACAAUGAAGUGCAUUUUAAAAAUUUUGAACCACAUGUAUGAAUUCAAAAAUAUAGUUUUUUGAAAUCUUCAUUGAA